CGUGUAGAAAAGGAAAACAAAAAAAAUAAAACGUAAGGCGCAGACAGAGAGAGUCACAGACCCAGACGGAAACUCUUUUAACCCCCAGAGAAGUUGAGGAAAUUACAGAGGCUUUGAAGGUCCUCCCUUCCUUCCUUCCUUCCUUCCUUCUUCCUCUUCCUUUCUUCACUCUGAAGAUGAACGGCGGUCCAUCUGGUUUCAACAAUGCUCCUGUUACAAGAACCUUCCUUAUUGCUUGCGCUCUGUUCACCGUCUUCUUCGGGAUCCAAGGUCGUUCUUCUAAGCUCGGAUUGUCGUAUCUGGAUAUUUUUGGGAAGCUUCGCAUUUGGAAGUUGAUCAUGUCUGUUCUUGCCUUUUCGUCUACGCCAGAACUCAUAUUUGGAUUGUAUCUGCUAUACUACUUCAGGGUCUUUGAGAGACAAAUUGGUUCUAACAAGUACUCGGUCUUUAUUUUGUUUUCUUUGACAGUUGCAUUACUCUUUGAGGUCUUCGCUCUUGCACUCCUUAAAGAUCCUGCUGCAAACCUUGUCACUUCUGGACCUUAUGGUCUUAUAUUUGCAUCAUUUGUACCAUUUUUCUUUGACAUUCCAGUUUCAACACGUUUUCGUGUAUUUGGUGUGCGCUUUUCUGACAAGUCCUUCAUUUAUCUAGCUGGUCUCCAGCUUCUUUUAUCAUCCUGGAAAAGGUCUAUCUUGCCAGGGCUUUGUGGCAUCCUUGCUGGUUCCUUGUAUCGCCUGAAUCUCUUCCGUAUUCGCAGGGCAAAGUUCCCAGAGUUUGUUGCUUCAUUCUUUUCACGGCUUUCUUGGCCAUCAGUUGGAAAUCCACCAGCAGCGCCAACUCGGAAUGUUGUGGGUAAUGCACCAUCAUAUACAGGUCACCAAGUGGAGAGAAAUUACCCUUCAAUGCCAACUUCCACAGAGCCACCUGAAGACUCGAUUGCCACCCUAGUUUCUAUGGGUUUUGACCGGAAUGCUGCUAGACAGGCACUUGUGCAUGCAAGGAAUGACGUCAAUACGGCCACAAACAUCCUUCUUGAAUCGCAGUCCCACUGACUCCCUUGAAAUUGUCCAGGAAAAUGGAACCUAUGGUUAUUAUAAAUCUGGAGGCAGAAGUCUUCUAUCCAUUUCCUAUCAUGGUGGUCAAACAAUUUUGCCAAAGUCGGAUGAUUGGAUUGGUUUGCUUACAAAAUCCAUCAAGGCAUCCGUAAUAUUGGUCUUUAGGGGUCAAUUUGAAUACAAUUAUUCACACACUAAUGACUCUAGGAGCUUGUAUAAUUGUUUAGACCAUAUGGACAACAUGCAUAUUCUCCUUGAAAGAGAACAGACAUGUACAGUUCCAGUUUAACCCAUGCAUAUGGAACACCCCUUCAUAUUCGGACA